AUGUUUGUGGCGACUGGGCUUCUAGGGACCCCCUCAUUAUUGCAAAGCAGCUCAUCGAAAGACCUCCCCGAGUCCACUACUUUUGUGGCAACCAGUUUACUGGGCGAACCACACCGUGAAAAAAAACAAGACGAGCGCAAUUCUUUCGUCAGCUCGUCAAGGGAAGCCCUACCACCUUACCAUGAAGCUGAGCUGGCAGCAUUCAUUUCGACCGGACUUUUGGGUGCACCAGCGGGAAGCGGGGAAAUAGAGACGCGACCGGCUGCGGGACCGUCAUCGCCCUCAAAUCGAAUACAAGAGCGAGACGCCUUUUCGUUUGUUAGCAACGGUCUGUUCAAUCCAAUCCCUCCGGAAGUUGAUACGGAAGAUGAUGAUAUUCCUUCUGUUUGUGAGGCAUUUGGUAUUCGUUCGCGCCUUCCACAGGCGCCUUCAUCUAUCCAGAUUCCGCGCUCCACCCUGCGUGCGACAACAUUCGAUGGAAAGACCGUUUACUUGAGACGUAAACCAAAGGUAUUUUCUACCACUACCCAGACGUCCAAUGCAUCUUCAAGCCGGAUGAGGAAUCUUCUCGAAGUUCCUAUACAUCGACUCAUGGACCAGUUAUCGGCGUCUACUGCUGCAGACUUGCAACGCAAUGAAGGUGCUCCCCAAAAUCAGGCUGCAGAUGUGAGGGGCACAUCCAUUGAAGAUCAACUUUGGGUGGAUAGGUAUCGGCCAAGCAAAUAUACCGACCUUCUAGGCAAUGAGAGGGUAGCUCGAGACGCUAUGACGUGGAUCAAGCAGUGGGAUUGGUGUGUAUUUGGAAAGUCAAGAGGGAAGAAGAGGAGUAGAGAUGGUGAUGAAAACCUCGAGUUGGACGAGUUUCACCGCCCAAAGGAAAAGAUUCUUCUGCUGUCAGGUCCUCCUGGGUUUGGAAAGACAACUUUGGCCCAUGUACUGGCACGCCAGGCUGGCUACGAGGUGAUGGAGAUAAACGCAAGUGACGCACGCUCUGGUGCUGUUGUUGAGGAUCGAAUACGACCUACACUAGAAGCGGGCUCCAAAGUUGGUAGCUCAAAACCCGUGCUACUUGUUAUCGACGAGAUAGACGGUGCCACGGGGGCUGGGGACAGUUCGUCGACGUUUAUUCACAAACUCGUCCAAUUGAUAAAUGCAAAGCCUCGGAAGAAAAAACGUUCCGGUCAGAACAAAGAUUACAACAGGGGUGAUCGUCCUAUUCUGCGGCCAAUCAUAUGUAUCUGCAAUGAGCACAAUGCGUCGUCUUUGACGAAAUUGCGGCCCCACGCCUACCAGAUCAGAUUCGCCAGGCCAGCUGACAUCCAUAUUGUGAAAAGAUUGAAAGAAGUUUGCCGGACGGAGGGGAUGAAAGCGGAUUCUCGGGCUCUGAGUACCCUGGUCAGCGUCGCUAAAGGAGACCUCCGAGGCUGCCUCAACACGCUUCAGUUCAUCAAGACCCGAAAUGAAGAUGUCACGGAACCAAUUAUCCGGAAGGCAACUUCGGGAAUGAAGGAAGCAGAUACCAACUACAUCUCUGUUCUCAACAACCUAUUCACCCCUCUAUCGAAGAAGCGAGUGAAGGAAUUGGCUUUGACCGACGAAGACGAGGCUAGGUUCGUGUCUAGACUUAGUGGAGAAGUUGAGGCAAGUGGUCGUGAAAGCAAUAUAGCUUCCGGUUGCUUUGGACACUAUGUCACCCUUCGUCGGCACGAUGCCAACCUCAGCCGACACGAACAGGCGACGGAAUGGCUGACGACCUUUGAUAAUUUCUCUUCUACCAUGUAUUCUGAGGGUGACUUCUCCCUCAAUCCAUACUUGCCCUAUACCCUGGUGCCCUUCUACCCCCUGUUCCAAGAACGGGGUGGAGAGAAGGUCGAACGAAACCAGGCUGAUUGGGAGCAUUUUCAAUUGAUGCGCAGCAAUGAAGAAGUGCUGAAAUCUCUUUCUCGGUGUUUACGCACUGCAACAGUCCGCCAUGGAGGUGAUUUCAGACACCUCCUAAGCCAUCCAGUCCUACAAACCGAAUUCGUCCCAUACAUCAACAGAAUUAUUUCUCCACCCCUCCGACCUGUCAAUAGCCAAGUCAUCCGGCCGCUAGAGAAAGCGCUCAUGAGCCGCUUGGUUGAUAUUAUGGCCACGCUGGAACUGCGCUUCGUACAGGAAAGAGCUGAUGAUGGACAGUUGUCGUACCGCCUAGAUCCACCUAUCGAUGUCUUUGUCACGUACGAUGGCAAACGGGCAGCGGAUAUAACGGUCUCGCGAUACGCCGUCCGCCACCUUGUAUCAGCAGAGAUUGAUGCGAAGCUAAUUUCACGAGAUACUGAAUUUGUGGAGAAAGGCAAGCGGAGGAAGCACGAUUUCUUUGGACAAACCAGGUCCAACGUAGGAGACGAUGUUGAUGACGCCGACGCCCCAGCGAAUAAGCGACACAAGAAGGACACUCGCGAUAUUGCUGACAAGCCUCCUACCGAUUUCUUUGGACGGCUAAUUACUGUUUCGUCCGGCAGCACCUCGAGAAUAGGUAUCCACAAGGCCAUCGAAAAACAGUAUCGCGUUAGCUAUCGAUUCCUGGAAGGAAACUCAGCAGCAGUGCGCAAGCCCGUCAAAGUAAACACAUUUCUUUGA